UUGACUGCUCAGAAAGUCCUUCGGAAGCAGGGAGAAAGAUGGGAGAGGAGACAGAAGAUGGUGAUUGCAAUCAGACUGGGAUAAACGCGUCUGAAACAGUGAUUCAUAAUGAAGCUGCAACAGAAGAUAUAUGCACAUAAGAAACUCUAUGAAUCCUUUUGGGCUUGGUUUCUAGAGAAGAUAAGGGUAUGUAAAUGGAUUUGAUUGAUUUUAAAACUCGAUCGGUCGAUGUGAUAAUCAUAGUCAGUUUUUUUUUUUUCUUCCAGAUUUCGAGUGAGUAGUGUUGGUUAGUUAAGGUAGGGUAGGGAAAAAUCGUUGGCUUCUAGUGUGUUGCAGUGUGUGUAUUUGAGAAUAUAUGAUUUGUGAGACUAAAAAGCCGAAAUCAUUAUCGGGGUUUAUUGUUUCUUCUACUUGUAAUGAUGUUGAUGAUUGAUGUCUUUUAGCUCAUCGGUUAGUAAGUGUCAACAGCAAGAGUGUUCGGCUGGACUACCGUGGCCCAUUCUGUAGAUUUCUUUCUAGCCCGGCCCACAACUUCCAUUGGGCUAGAUAUGUUUUUCUCACGUAAAAGAUAUCUGACUGUCGAUAUUGAAGUAACUUCUUAAAACAUUUAGAUUUAAUUGAUAAUUUAAAUGUCACUUUUGGUUUUUUAGAUGACGAUUAAAAUCCUUUUCAUAACCCAAAAUAUUAGUUUUGCCGAUAUUAGAAAUCCGAAGAAAAUGACAGAAAAUAGGAUUAAUCAAUUUAGGGUUUAAUAAAAAAUAGUGAGUGAGAGAGAGGCUACAGUGCUCCACAUUGACAUCAACAAGGUUGAAGAAGAACAACAUCAUUCAACAUCAGCAUCACGAAUAUUUUCGAGUCAUGGAGAGAAGCGCCGUUGCCUCAGGUUUUCAUAGAAAUUACAUCCUCUGUGCUUCACGCGCCGCCACUUCCACGACGCGCCUCCACUCUUUGUCCUCCCUCAGAAACUUUCCCUCUUCCUCUCUCAGGAUUCGUCACUGUCCUUCUCCCAUCUCUUCCAAUUUCAUCGUUAGUGAAGUUUCCCGAAACCGACGAUGCGACGCCGUUUCUUCCAGCACCACCGAUGUGACUGAAUUAGCCGAAAUUGAUUGGGACAAGAUUGAUUUUGGGCUUAAACCAACGGAUUACAUGUACGCCAUGAAAUGUAGCCGUGAUGGUGAAUUCUCUCAAGGUCAAUUGCAACCUUUUGGUAACAUUGACAUUAACCCAGCAGCUGGUGUUCUCAACUAUGGACAAGGUUUGUUUGAAGGUCUAAAAGCUUACAGAAAACAAGAUGGGAAUAUUCUACUCUUCCGUCCUGAGGAGAAUGCGAUCCGAAUGAGAAAUGGCGCUGAAAGAAUGUGUAUGCCUUCUCCAACCGUUGAACAGUUUGUUGAGGCUGUGAAAACUACUGUAUUAGCUAACAAACGCUGGAUUCCACCUCCAGGUAAAGGAUCAUUAUACAUAAGGCCAUUGCUAAUGGGAACUGGAGCUGUUCUUGGUCUUGCUCCUGCUCCUGAAUACACUUUCCUUAUCUUUGUUUCACCUGUCGGGAACUACUUCAAGGAAGGUGUUGCGCCGAUCAACUUAAUUGUUGAAACUGAAUUCCAUCGUGCAACUCCCGGCGGUACUGGAGGUGUUAAAACCAUCGGUAAUUAUGCUGCAGUCUUGAAGGCUCAGUCGAUUGCGAAAGCUAAAGGGUAUUCUGAUGUUUUAUACCUUGAUUGCCUUCACAAAAGAUAUCUUGAGGAGGUUUCAUCGUGCAAUAUUUUCAUUGUGAAGGAUAAUGUGAUAUCUACUCCUGAAAUUAAAGGAACCAUCUUGCCUGGAAUUACCCGGAAGAGUAUCAUCGAAGUAGCUCGUAGCCAAGGUUUCAAGGUGGAGGAACGAAAUGUGACAGUUGAUGAAUUGGUAGAAGCAGACGAGGUUUUCUGCACAGGAACCGCCGUUGUUUUAUCUCCGGUUGGAAGCAUCACUUACAAAAGCCAAAGGUUUUCUUAUGGAGAAGAUGGCUUUGGAACAGUCUCGAAACAACUCUACACUUCCUUGACGAGCCUGCAAAUGGGUCUGAGCGAAGAUAACAUGAACUGGACUGUUCAAUUGAGUUAAAACCAGUCACGAACAUAUCAAUAUUAUACAUAUGGAUGUGUUAGUAGAUACAGAAGAUAUAUUAGAAUUCCAUGCUUCUGAUGCUUCAAGAUUCUGAUACUUGAAACUAUAAACAAUAAUCUGUCUUUAAAAUAACUAAAACGGGGAAUAAAAAGCUAGUUCUAGCACGAAUGCUAUUCAAGUACAUGUACGCAACUUUUUUUUUAAUAGGCUUUGCAAAACUCAUACACAAACUACCAAAAACCUCUAUUCAGAUUGAGUUCAGAUUCUAG